AUGGGUCGUCAGUACUAUGCUGUGCCCGUUUACAUGCUCCCUUGCCUUCCGCCGAGGAGCAUUGACGUUGUCAUCCGAUGCCAGACCAGGCAUCCAAAACCACUCAGAUCAGCCUUGGGCUCUGCGGAGGCGUUUGGAAUGCAGACCUCCAGAGACAGGGACUUGGGAAUCUCGGACUAUAUCAUCCACGUUCUUGGUGCAUGGUCUACUCGCCAACCCUACUUUGUGGAAAUCUAUCGUGCCUUGCCUUUCGGAUCCAAGAUGCUUAUUGAGAGCAUCACACCCGAAUGGUGGGAACCCUUCUUUCCUUACCUAGUACAAUACGGAUCGCGCGAUAAGGAGUCCAAUGUAGGCGCCCGACCCAGACGCCACCUUCACCGCGGGAUCGUUGACCAAGGCAGUCACAGCUGCGGCAAUUGGGAUCCUCGUCGACGAAAGCAAGGCCAGCUGGGACAUUUUGUCAAGGACGUGCUCCCGGCUUUCAACUCCCGAGGCAAGACACUACAAGAGCAUGUCACCCUCACCGACAUACUCUCUCACCGCACCGACAUGUCAUGGGCGGACAAUCUCUGGCUUGGGACCGAGAGUAAUGUGCUCAUCAGUGGAGCCAACGUAAUAAAGUUCAUCAACAACCAGACCCUCCUCGCCCCGUUCCGGGCUCAGUUCGGAUACAGCAACCUCUGCUACGAGCUUGCAGGUUAUCUCAUUGACGCUCUCAAUGGGCAGUCCUAUUUCGACUUUGUCAAGAGCCGCCUUCUUGACCCGCUGGGCAUGAGCCGUACAUUUCUGCAGACCCCGCCGGCCGAUGUCGACAACAAUUCUGUCUGCUACAACACCUUGGGUGACAAGUCCACAGCUCCCAUUACAUGUGCAAAGACUCGGACUGACAGGGACUGGUUGAUCUAGUAGACUGACUGAUUAGGAAUGAGUGCACAACGACACCGAUGUAGUUGCCUCGGAGUAGAGAUGAUAUUGGCAUCAUGUCUUACCGAUUCUGCUAGGUGUCGUGUC